AUGCCGGACGAACUCGAAGCGAAGCAAGCCAUUUUCGUACCCACGGCUCUGCAGGCUUACGUAGUCACCGAGGACUUCCCACAAAGCCAAGCUCGAGUAGCACCGCUUAUCCAGCCCAACUAUGCUGCUCUCAGAAGCGAUAGCAACUUGCUCAAGCACGACGUUAUUGAACAGCUUAAUCUCUCUUCUACGAGGCUAAAAGCAAAGUUCAACACUCGCUUCGUGAACGUAGCUUCAGGGGGAGUCUACGGCCAGAGGGUUGGAGUCUACCUAUCAUGGUGCCUACCACGUCUCUACCGGAUGGGCUCUACGGCUACGGACUUAUUGUCAAGCGAUGAAGCGGUUCUCGAUUAUGAAAAGACGCUAUUACGAGAAGGAUUCAUCUCGCAUACAGGUGAGGAUGAUGCACUAGAGGCGGGCAAAUUGAAGUUCCAUCAUGCUCCGAACAGAUGGCUGGUUUUCCGAAUCGUCCAGCCCGAAUCGGACCCAAAUGGCCAGCAAUCCGAAGUCUUUGUCAUUGAAAGUGAUCGCAUACGCAACGUGAACGAUGGUGAUCUUCGACUGUCACAUGUGGAUAUCGACAACUUGACCUCGCCAUUCAUUCACAAAGGGUUGUCCACUGAUAAGCAGUACGAGGCAGUGCUCGGGCUUAAAUCUAGACUCAAGGACUAUAACCCACCAGACAAUGCCCGUCAUCGACAGCCCUUUACGAUUCUGGAUUGGGGUAAUGAGCUUUUCGCCGACUAUCAACCUCACAACUCUAGCGUUUUCAGCAUGUUUGACGACCUAGGCGGCAUUGGUGAUGCCAACAUCACCUAUUACGUGGUUGGGUUUCAUCACAAGAUAAAGCAGGACUCCUUCACCAUUGACGAACCAGACAAUUCUAUCAGGCCGACAUAUCAGGAUUUACUGACGGCCGGACACAUGGAGUUGGACAAAUCUAUGUUUCAGGGCGAUGUGACGAGAGACACAUUUCUGGCCAACAAGGCGGACUUUUCCACACGGGCAAUCUGCCACGGAGCUUUGCGUGAUGUCAAGUUCCGGCGUGGAGGCGGAGGUAAUUCUCCACUAAUCCAACCUGCCAUAAAAUUGCAGCAGGACAUUCUAAAAUCUCAUCCGAUCGCGGUUGGAGCGAACAUUAUGGACGCAUUGCUGGCCUACCUCCGGGUACGCUAUCAUGCACCUGCUGCCGCACAGACUUUCAACGCGAUUGACGACAUGUUGAGCAAAAUGGUGCAAUUGAUCGCUGGAAAGUCUACUUUUGAGGCUCAACAGCAAGCCGAAGACCAGAUUGCUUCCAACGAUUGGGUGGUGGAGAAAGCUGAGUUGACAUGGACCUUUUCGAACUCAGAUGACUCCCAGAAGGCCGAUCCGGGUGUAGUUGAUCCAUCCAAGGCCGAUAAGAGUAACCUGGCGGCGCUCAACAGCUGGCAGGCUUGUAUAGCAGGUUGCCAGAGAGAAAUCAAGUUUCUGCACCACAAGAUAUUCACCUGUUGGUGGAAGGCUAUGGAGGUGGCGCAAAAUCCUGAAAAGGCGACACUCCGUCAAGCUUACAGGAGCGAGGUGGAGGCACACGCAAAACGACUGGAACUUCUCAAAAGCCGAGCCCGAGAAGCCAUGACGGAAAUUGAAACGCUAAAGGCACAAUUUCCAGCUUCGUUACAUCUGCAUACAGCUGCGGCGCCAGCUUUUGGAACCCACCAAGAUCCGACGAUUCUUUUCGCAGGCGUCAAGUCCGGCUGGCCAACGGGGUUCCGAGAAGAACUCAAAGUACGGCAUUCAUCCCAACUACCAGCGCCAAGUUUGGAGAGCCUCGCGGCUCGCUUGCAGGCGACUGAUUGGAGAGGACCUGGGACUAAUGAAUGGCAAUCGCAACUGUCGAACAAAUUCCCGUUGGUAAGCGAAAUGGUCAAGAAAGUAUUACCAGAAGCUAUCAAGGCCGAUGCAGCUGGUCCAAGCUAUCCACCUUCUUACUAUGCGGAAGCAGAGAGUAACCAAGAGGCAUUCAACAACACGCAGGGAUGGUUUCCUCUCUUCAUGGAAUGGGAGGUGGAAUAUUACCACAUCGGCUGGGAAAACUGGCAGUUCGCCGAAGACAAAGACGGAGUUCGGCGCUACAGGCUGCGUGACGACAAGCCGUUGAAGGACAUCCCAGGCGCCAGCGAAUGUCGAACCCUUCAUGGCCGCACCAUGUUCAUCCCGCAAGCUUCGCAGACCUUGAAAACAAGAAUCAAGCAGCUCUUCAGUAGAUUGCACCCCAAGGAUCUUGAGAAGCAAAUUAGUGAGGAAGAUCAAGCAAAAGUCAUCAAGCUGGUGUCGGAAUUGGAGUUCUUUUCUGCCCCUCUCUCUGGGAUCCGAGAGCACAUGUUGACGCUGAUGAAGGGCUCGCAUGUCGGCCUGUCUCCUUACGAUCCUCUAGCCUUAGGAGAACUCGGCAUGAGCGAGGAUCUCGUCAUGGACAUUUCUGAGGCUGCAGAGUUAGCUCCGUAUGGCAAAACGCACCGGCUACCUACGGGAUAUAUCUUCUGUCCCUUCAAGCCCGUCACCCAUGGCCAGUUCCGCUUCACGAGACUUGACAUUGUCGAUAAGUUUGGACAAGUCGUGAACGCAGUGGAACCCGCGGAUUUGGAUCUCGGCCAGCCUGCCACGGCACUUUAUCCUUGUUUGUCGCCACUAUUCUUUUGUGACCCGAUUCCCCAAGACACCCCAUUUGACAAAGAGUUACCUCGACCAAACACCGCGGUGAUACCUGAUGACCUGCGGGGAGUCUGUCAGUUCUUCCAAGUUCCGCCCAGGAUUAACCAGCCCGCCCGCCUUAACGGUACAUAUGUGGUUAAUGACAACGGGAAGUAUCGGCCCGCCUCGUCUUGGGAGAAUCCUAUCUGGGGUUGGCUGGUCGUCAACUACUGCGAUUCGUCGCUGCAAAUUUUCAACCCAGAUGGCCAUUUCUUGCAGGAGAUUUUUAUCCAUCCCGAAGACAAGACAGCCAUUGUGUCCGCACGGCCAAAGUCCGACGCAUGGCACGGCUCCAGCGAACGCCUGGACAAGUUCAUGGCGCUCUGCAAGCAAUAUGAUUACGCCAAAGGGUUCUUUUUCAUGGUCGCGGAGGCCGCGCAGUCGACGGGUUCCAAUCCAUCAGAGCAUGCUGACUUUCUGCCGGCUGCGUUUGGAGACGUUCUGUGCUUUGUUGAUUUUGGAGUUUCUAUGGAACUAGCAGAACAACCUUAUGAGAACCAAAGCGUCCAACGACCCGGAAAGCCUGCUAAGCUCCUGGAGGAUUACGAGUUCCACGUUGCUUUUGGGAGCAGGAAUGCCGCUUAUGAUGGCUUUGUAGGCUACUACGACUUGGAUAGUGGGAUGGAAGAUAUUUUCUCCUCGUUCGGUGUGCCGCGAGAGGAGGCAGAUUCCAAAUCGCCAGUCAUUCGGCCUAAACCUUUGACCAUGAAGCCAUACUAUCUAAGACCAGAAACUCCAAACUACGGUGCUGAGCACGACACCAAGCUCUCAAUCUUUGGAGCCAUAGUCGAUCCUUUCCGCCCGCUACAUGUUUAUACCGGCGAUGUCUUUCCUAUGAAGGAAAUUAGCAUUCCAAAAUGGGCACUGGACAAGGCAACAAAAGAGAUGCAUGCCUUUUUCAUGGCUGGGCCAAUCUUGGUGCCCCACGUCCCUGAUCCUAACUUGGUGCUGGCAAAUACUGCCGAGGUCUCAGCGAGAGACGUCGCGAUCCAAACGCCUCUGACUGGUAUCGACGAAUGGUCGUGGCUUCAUCCAAAGCCAAAAUUGGACGAGAACAAGAAUCCAACUCCGGACGAAGCAGACUGGACGACAAUGCCAAUUCGGGCAGUCGACAUUCAGUUGAAUCUUAGUCACAGCGCGAACGAAGGUGAGCUCGUCGAUGGAUUUUUCAUUAUGAAAAAGAGCAUCAAAGAAUCACACCCGGUCUGA